CGUAUUUAUCAGCAUGGAAAGGCCCAUGAGGAUGAGGUGAGUGUGCUUCAACAUUUGAUCAACUUUACAGAACCGCACGAUCGUUUUUUUUUUAGUACAGAAAUAUUUAUCUAGCUAGCUAGGUUGUUUUAUAUCUUUUUAACAUUCAAGUAAGUCGGGUGGUUUUAUAUCGCCUGAGAUAGAACCUAGCUAACUUUAUCCUAAUUUCGACCGACUAACUAGCUACCACGAUCGAAAUGACUCAAAGUGAUGAUCAUGCCGUGACAGCAUGAGUUUAAAGACACUUUCUUUACGGACUUUGUCAUUUAUAUUCACCAUAGCUAUGUAGUGUCAGCUUGCUGGGGUCUUGUUUUGGAUGCUCCUCGCAACUGUCUUGUAUGUUUAUGUUGUGUUGUAGCUAGCUACAUUGUAUCUAGUUAGCUAUUAUUGCUUCUCAUUUUCCUCUCUCUCUUUGUAGAUAUCUUUACAGGUGAUGAACUGUAACCCUGUGUCUGUCAACUUUUGGAUUACAAUAUUUCUACUGACCAACGCACAUUGACUGUCCACCAACAUGCUGAGUGAGGUAGAGGCAAAAGAGCUGCUGUCCUUCCUCACGGUGGACACCAGGCCAGACGUCAAGGGCCAUGCUACUGAGUACAUCCUGGGCCUCUCUGGCAACAGGGACGGCUGUCGCUACCUACAGACAAAACCUGACUUCCUUAAGGCCUUGGUGACCCUCACCACUGACCCCUCCAUCGCUAUCGUCAAAGACUGUUACCACUCUCUCAUCAACCUCUCGGCUGACGAGACCAUGCACCAACCGCUGGUCAAAGACUCUGACUUCCUCCCUAUGUUGUUUAAAAACCUCCUGGACCCAGAAUUUAUGUUUGCGGACCGUAUCUGUACGAUCCUCACUAACCUGUCGCGGCACGUGAAGACGUGUAAAGAGGUGUUUAAGGCUAUGCAGGAGCAGGAGAUGGGUUUGGCGCAGAUAGUGGAGAUCUUCUGCACUGAGGGCUACAACAAGCAGGCGUCGCUCCAUUACCUGGGCCCCCUCCUCUCCAACCUCACACAGCUGCCCGAGACCAGACACUUUAUCCUGGAUAAGGAGAGGUCAGUGGCUGGGUGGUUAGCUCAUGAGAUCCAGGUCGAGGCUAAGCUAUGUCUUUGACUUCUCUCAUAAUCCAGUAACACCAAUGCGAUACAGGCCUGAAGAGCUGUAAAACCGGUCCUGUAUUCACAAAGCGUCUAUUAUGAUUUAGAAGACAAACUGAUGGUAGAUCAGCAACACUCCUAUUCUGAGAUGCUUUAUGCAUAUGAGCCCUGGUGCUUUCUUUUUUCUGCCCCAUAAGAAGUGCUUCCUUUCUUUUGCUAAUUAUCCAGCAUGUUAUCUAUGGAAGACCAUUCACUGUGUGUGUGUUUUUUUAAUGUCCCACAGGUGUGUAGUGCAGAGACUCCUUCCCUACACCCAAUACGAGGCCUCAACAAUCAGACGAGGGGGAGUCAUUGGCACUCUGAGAAAUUGUUGCUUUGAUCAUGGUAAGGGAGGAAGACACACGCACCUUAAUAGCUGUACGACAGUCAGUUUUAACCUUCAUAGUUCAUGCCCGUUUUAUGUUGAAUUGAGUAGAGGAGUAACCAAUUAAGAUCUUCCCAUUGUUUCCAAGAAAGUUUAUAGAAAAUAUUUCCUGAUUUUGAUCUUUUAUGAUUUUCCCCAGCUCAUCAUGAGUGGUUGCUGAGUGAUGCGGUGGACAUUCUGCCUUUCCUGUUGCUGCCUCUCGCUGGGCCUGAGGAACUGUCUGACGAGGAGAAUGAAGGUAAAUCAUUGUUCCUGUCUGAGUGACCUUGCGGUUUAACCACCCGCCCUCAGCACAUAUACGAUCCCCCCAGCCUAAGUGGGUACAGCUGCCAGUUGAGGACCUGUGAGGCGUCUGUUUUUCAAACUAGACACUCUAAUGUAUUUGUCCUCUUGCUCAGUUGUGCUCCGGGGCCUCCCACUCCUCUUUCUAUUCUGGUUAGAGCCAGUUUGCGCUGUUCUGUGAAGGGAGUAGUACACAGCGUUAUACGAGAUCUUCAGUUUCUUGGCAAUUUCUCACAUGGAAUAGCCUUAAUUUCUCAGAACAAGAAUAGACUGAUGAGUUUCAGAAGAAAGUUCUUUGUUUCUGGCCAUUUUGAGCCUGUAAUUGAACCCACAAUUCCUGAUGCUCCAGAUACUCAACUAGGCUCAAGAAGGCCAGUUUUAUUGCUUCUUUAAUCAGCACAACAGUUUUCAGCUGUGCUAACAUAAUUGCGAAAUGGUUUUCUAAUGAUCAAUUAGCCUUUUUAAAAUGCUAAACUUGGAUUAGCAAACACAACGUAUCAUUGGAACACAGGACUGAUGGUUGCUGAUAAUGGGCCCUAUGUACGCCUAUGUAGAUAUUCCAUUAAAAAUCAGCUGUUUCCAGCUAGAAUAGCCAUUUACAAAAUUAACAAUGUCUACACUGUAUUUCUGAUCAAUUUGAUGUUAUUUUAUUGGACAAGAAAAUUGCUUUUCUUUCAAAAACAAGGACAUUUCUAAGUGACCCCAAACUUUUGAGAUGUAUUGCUACUGUACUUCAUCAAGAUAUCUGCAUUGAAAAUAUAGCCUAGUACUGAUGGUACUUUGUUCUUAUUCAAUGAAGGGUUACCCGUCGAUCUCCAGUACUUACCAGAGGACAAGAAAAGAGAGGAGGAUCCCGACAUUCGCAAGAUGCUCAUUGAGACUAUGAUACUGGUUGGUGUCACCUGGAGUCAAUACCAUGCCAUGCUUCCACCAACACUUAACCGUCUGUAUCACUAAACCAGUAAUGCUCUGUUUCUCUAUAUAAUCCAAACUGUUUAUAACAACAACAACAAAAAAACUGUUUGCUUGCUGGAAAUACGCCUACUUUAUGUGUGUCUCUUUUGCACCCAGCUGACAGCUACCAAAGUGGGUCGGCAGAUUCUGAAGGCCAAGAACGUCUACGCCAUCAUGAGGGAGUUCCACAACUGGGAAAAGGAACCUCACGUGGCUGCUGCUUGUGAGAAGCUUAUACAGGUAAACUAUGAAUAUAUAACUUACAGUAAUUGAAUGUUUUUUUGUUUGUACUAAGAUUAAAAAAACAGACCUAUGGUUUAGGUUUAACCUAGUAAAUCAAUACAGAGCAACCUCAUGGUGACCUACUGGUGGUGUUAUUCACAACCAAGUCCAGAGCUGGGGUUCCCCAGCUGUCAACAUGGCACCUUGGCAGUGAUGUAGUGGUAAAAAAAAUAUGUGGGUAUCUCUGAUCGGUGGUCGCAGUGAAAAAAAGUAACGCUUCCAUACUUUCAAUGCAUUUUUCAGCAAAAGGUGGGUGAACUGUUGGGCAACAAAAAUAAAUGGAGUAAACUGUGUUUACUUGAGUUUACCCUCCACUGCACCUUGGUAACAGUUACAUUCAGGAAUUGCACGAGAACAGCUAUUUUCUUUUCAUGACUUCUUGUUGUGCUUGGUAAGUCACCCCAGUCGAUGACGCCAAUGAAUCUCAUGACAUUUCAAUAUUCUGAGUGCUGAAAUUUACAGCAUCGGCGGGUUUAAGAAAACAGAGUCUACGUUCCAAAUGGCACCCUAUUCCCUACAUAGUAUGGGGUCCUAUGUGCCCUGGUCAAAAGUAGUGCACUACACAGGGAAUAGGAUGCCAUUAGGGACGCAGACAGGAUGUUCUGAUUGGCUGGAAAAACCUUCCACUGUUCCGUUCCUGCCUAGUGCCUGCUCUGCACUGCGGUGGCAGUCUUGUAGUGGGGAACGACCGAGUGGAAAAGAUGUCACUCGGUCUCGCAUAAAACCCCCUGAUACACUCCAUAACGGCUCGGAGAUCCCUUUUGAACUGUGGUCCAGAGGCACGAGUUCAGUCUUUAGCUACCCAGCCAGUUUAAUCACUGUCAUAAAACAUCAAAAUCUAGCGAGUUGAAAUCCGAGCGUGAUAUUUAUCCAAGACUAAUGGGCUUUUUAUGCUGAAUCUUGUGGAUAACAAGGCUUUAACGUUUUAUCAUAUUGCUUAAAGCCUCUUUUUUUGGGGGGGCACCACUAAGUUUUUCUUAAAUUGUUUUGAGCUCGUCCCGAUGCCAUUCUGACAUUUCUUGGGCUAAUUCGUUGUCAAUUACAGUCUGCGGUAAUGUUGAGGAUGUCAUUGGAAUAUUUUGGUCUCUACUGUUUUUCACUUAAAGUAGCCAAAAUGCUGGAUAGAAAGUUCUUAAUGCCAAUGUAGCAUUCAACUGAGAGUUGGGGUCAAGCCUUUUUUAAUGUGUGCGUGUGUGUCACCAGCAUUGACGUGUGUGUGUAUGCACCUCUCUCUGCCAGGUGCUGAUCGGGGACGAGCCAGAGCCAGGCAUGGAGAACCUGUUGGAGGUGGAGAUUCCUGAGGACGUGGAGGUGAAGCUCAAAGACAUGGAUGCCAAGGAGCAGGAGCAGUUGGAGAAGGACCAGGAAGAUCUGUUAAAUCCAGAUAAGCCCCAGCAGUGUGCUGGCAUAGUGAGGAUGAUGUAGCAAGGAGGUCUUUUCUACAUUUAAACUGAUCAACUGUCUGAACAAUAGAACCAAACCAACUGCUAACUGGAAUUAACAGAAAAUUCUUGCCAUCACAACAACAAACUGCAUGAAAUCAGGACUCUGAAGGACUGUGUACAAUCUGAAACCAGUUGUAUUUUCACACCAUGUAAUUUCACACCACAAAGUC